UCACGACGUCCACUAGCUAAGCGGCUACCUUUCUACGCACACAUUUCUACAACGCAUGCGCACAGCUUGUUCUUGGCGGGCCUCGAGCACGCACCCAAAAAAAUAUAAACAAGACGUCGGCCAUCAACGUAUAAGCAACAGCGCACCAGCUUACAAUGCGCAGAAAAACGGGACCGAGAUAAUCUCGCAGGUCCGCACCAGAGAAAGCAAAAUGUACCGCGCUUGCGUUUGCAAAGUUGCGGGACUCGCGGUCUUCCUCGCAUUACCCAUCGCGUUCGCGCAGGAGGGCUUCACGGCACAACCUACUGUCACUGCGGCUAAGCCAUCGCUACCAGUCGCUGCUUCGGCGGCAGUUCCUGGCGGUCGCACGCUUCAGAAGAGGCCCAAUCCUUCGCAGUCGCUUGCGGGACCCAAUGCGGCUAUGAGAGACGCCCUGGAAAACUUUCAAGUGAACGAGAACCGCAUCAUCCGCACCGAGGAUUCUCGGCGUAUGGGUGCGCGAUACCUGAACGAAACCGAGCUGAGCUCCAACCGAGACUGCAUACUGUGGUGUUGGGAGACGACUAGUUGCAACGUAGCCGUGUUCGAAGAAAAGGGAAAAGGCAGCUGUUACCUGUUCGACUGCGGGCCGCCCUCGCAUUUCCUGUGCCUCUUCACGGCCCAUGCGUUCUACACCGUUUCCGUGCUCACCGUGCCCACUCGCAACACCGAGGCCCCCGUCUGGCCCGGUUCUCACCACGAACAAGAACUCACGCAGCUGCGCCAGCCCCGACCCGUCGCCAGUGCUGCCGGACCAGCGCACGACCCACCCGCUGUGACGCAGGCACCCAAGUUGACCACGAGCACGAGCAGCUCGCAUCAAGUCAAUGUGGGCCAGGCCGAGAGUGACCAAGACGAACCAUCAGACAGCCACCGGUGUCAACACUAUCAGUUCCGCUGCCAAAAUUCCAGUGAAUGCAUUGCUGUCUACAAUGUCUGUGAUGGCAUCCCGCAAUGCGCGGAUGGAAGCGAUGAAGCCGAGGACCUCAAGUGCCCUGGUGCAAAGAUACCCGAGGCUAGCAGUGCUACUGCCAACCCAUCUACGACGACUUUGCCAACCACAGCGGAACAUGCUAGACCAGGAAGCACAACUGCGGUGGACACGGAACAGCAGGACAGAGUGCCUCCAGCCAAUCCUCCGCAACCUUCCUCGAACGACGACAGCCCCCGACACAACUCUGCAGUUGAUGUGGGAGGAAGAAUUCCUAAGCCUGUGCUCAGCGGUCACAACAGCUUCCCACCUUUGGCCCACAACAACAGGCUUCGUUGGGGUGAUGAAAGCAGCCACAGUCAUGCGCGACCAGAGUACAGAGACCCAUACGAAGAACCUUUUGCAGGAGAACAGACCAAGUACUAUGACUACGGACAGGCCUACCCUGAGAGCUACCGGUACUGGAUUAACGACGCUGACACCCAGCUCUACCCCAUGGUUGCUGAUGGAAUCAUCCAGCCACAGAACUUCAGAGCCCAGAAGCCAAGGAUGAACCUCCAGCAACACCAAUACCAGCAGCAGCAGAUGCAGCAGCAAGAGCUUCAGCAGCAGCAACAGCAAAGGCUGCAGCAGCAGCGCUACCAGCAGCAACAGUUUCGCCAACACCAGCUCAAGCAGUUGCAGCACGAACUGCAGCAACAGAAACAACAAGCGUCGUCUAUUCAAGACUACCCGCCUAGUCGCUGGAAAAUGGGCCGUGGGUCCUUGGGUCCCGUGGAGCAAGGUGACAGCUACGGACCGCAGCCAUACCCUCCGACCCUGGCUCCUUAUAGUCGACGCCUGCACCCUGGCAUUGGAGGCCAUUCAAACCGACCACUGCAGGGUUUGCCACAGGACAUGCAAAGGCAGCAAGCUUGCGCAACAAUCUGUAGGCCAGCACAGGACCUCGCACAACAAUCGCAAUCUGACUCGCAGCUGGAGCCACAGCCACCGCUGCAGGAGCAGCCAAAGCUCAAGCCGCAUCCAGUGAUGCCAGCCAAACCAGUCGCACCAGCCACCAAUGAAGAUGACACCUUCUAUCAGCCUGUUGUUGAAGUGGCACCCCCAUCGGCACCCCAUCAAAGUAGUUCAAAGCACAUCACAGAGCACCUGCAGAAGCCCCAUGCAAAACCAGCAAAGGCAACGGCUGGUUCUGAAGUGCCACAUCAUCACAAUGAGAGGCCUGUGCAAUACAGCAGACUCCACGAGGUUGCUAACAUGCAGGUGAGCUUUACCCAAGUGGAGCAAGGGAACCGUGGGGCGGAACAAGAAUCAGGCAGUGCCGUGCUUGCUCUCACGUUGGGUCUCUGCAUCACGGGUCUCCUGCUCGUGUUGGUCGGCUGUCGUCUUCGGCUGGCACGACACCGGCUAGCACGCCGGGGCGGCCGGUCGUCGCUCGCACAUGAUGCCGACUACCUGGUCAACGGAAUGUAUCUCUAA